AUGGCGGACGUGCCAGAAUUGAUGCACAAUGUUUGCGGAACGUUCAGUAAUCAGUACAUGAUCACAGAGCCGGCUGACGACCCACUGAAGCGCGACUAUGUUGUCUACAACGCCUACGACUACUACAAGCCCGGAGAGGUAAGACUGAGUGUUUUUUGUGUUUUGUGGUAGUUUUUUACAUUGACCAAGCUAUUUGUUUGUAUUAGGUAAUAAAGUUUUAGCAUUUUGUGCUUUGUAAAGAAAGUUCUUGCCAUUUUGUGCUUUGUAAAGAAAGUUCUUGCCAUUUUGUGCUUUGUAAAGAAAGUUCUUGCCAUUUUUUAACGAGUUAAAGUUACAAAUAAUUUUUUAAACUUACAGCAUCAGAACCGUACCCUAUUUUUCUAAAUUUUCUCAAAAUUUUCAGACCACGCAGAUCUACAUGGCCAGUUUGGAGGCCGCUAAAUGGCGAUGGGGCAGUUCGAUGGCCGCGACACAGGCAGUUCACGAAGCCAUAAACAGGAAAAGCUCUCAUUUGCCACAUUUGGUCAAGUUUGGUCGGAUCAAGCGGGUAGUCAAUUGAUCAAAAACAAAAAUUUUUUUUUCGAAAAUCAAAAAUUUUACCAAAAAUUAACUUUUUUUUUAAAUUGCGAUUUUUUGCACUUUAAAACCAAUACUAAUUUCAAAAAUUUAGCUGGUAUUUGGCGCUGAUGGUGUUCAAGAUGUGGAGAACGAUCCAGAAAGUUUCCGGUUUUACCUCGUCUUCCAGACCACGAUGAACCACGCUUUGCUGUCGACGUUGUUGCCGUAUUCGCCUACUGGGUAAGAUAUCUUUUACUCUACAUUAUUAUCAGAGCUUAAGUAUUCAUUUGGUUAAGUCCAGUUCUUGAUUUGGCUAGGUUUAGUUACUCAUUUGGCUAAGGUUUAGGGUGAAUAUGUUACCUAAACCCUUUAUACAUUUUUUCAGCACCCUGCCGGUAGAAUUGGCCAUGUACGUUGGAAUCGGAAUCACCCGUGCGUUAGGAGCAAUUUACAACGCCGGCUUCAUCCACCGCCUCGUAUCACCACACAGCUUUUCCUACUACGUGCCUCCGACCCUGUACCUGCUGACCAAUCGAAUGCUCAUCACCGAUCUCAGUCUGUCUAUGCCGUUUCCACGAAAGUGAGUUUUACAUUAUAGUGACUACUAUUAGAUACAGUAGUUUAUGAUAAAACUGCAGCUAUACUAUAGAAUUUUCACUAUAGCACUUACUAUAUAGAAUUUCGUAUUAUGGCUCUGUAUUGCCAUUUUGAAUGAUUUACAUGCCGUUUCUGAUCAUAUUACACUACCCUUUCCUUUCAGGCCCCGCCCAUCCGUCGCCUUUGUCGGCACGAUGCGCUACAGUGCCCUCUCAGUGCACCAUUGCCGUGAACAAGGCCCCAGCACGGACAUUAUCUCCCUGAUCUACGUGAUCGCCGAAAUGAUCAGUGGCAAGCUGCCGUGGCGUUCGCUGAUGAACCCAAAGCACGUCAAGGAAGCCAAGACCGCCUUCCCCGAGAGCAAAGAGUUUCAGCGGCUGCCGAAAGAGGUCCGCAUCCUCUACCGCGACAUGAUGGAGACCUACCCUCAGGCGCGGGUCGACCAUGUCAAGAUCCAACAGACCUUCAAGGACGUGCUGAACAGGAAAGACCCCAACAACAACUUUGAAAUGCCGGCCUGGCUGAUUCAGCCUUGCGAGGAUUAG